UUAUUUUCAACGGUUGCCGCGAGCGGUCGAUCGAUGUGAACUUUUCGCGUUUCCGGCGCUAUUCGAGACUCGAGUUGGCGAGAUAAAAACCGCGAAGGCAAAGAACCCCGCAAAAACGAUUUUAGCUGGGUGCUGUUGUGCCAAUUCUGCCGCCUGAAGUGCCAAAUAUCCAAAGUGAACUGAAACAAACAAAUAAACAAUUAUGGCUGGUCAGCCACAGGUCUCGAGUGUUUGGCUUGUGUCCGGAGUUCUAUUACUGACAGUUGCCGGGACGAAUGCCUACGGAUUUGGACGUUGCCCGAAUUACCCAUCGAUGCCAAAGUUUAAUAUGAGUCGGGUCCUGGGCCAUUGGUUCGAGGUGGAGCGCUCGUUUUACCUUCCGGAAAUCGCCUCUGGAUGCACUACCUUCCAGUUUGAGCCCUACAACAAGGCGGAACAGUCCAGAUUUUCAAACUUCAAGCUGGCUGUGGCUAUCAAAAACAUCAAUCGCAUAACUGGCAAUCCAAACGUAAACAUCGGGUAUGCGACGCCGGAAAACAGUCGAUCAUCGAUCAUGGAUUUCAAGUUCACCACCCGUUUUCCGGAUGUAAUUGCCCGACUCCUACCAGGCUCUGGAAAGUACCAGGUGCUCUACACGGACUACGAUAACUUCGCCAUUCUGUGGUCCUGUGGCAGCAUUGGAUCCCUCGGCCACUCCGACCAGAUCUGGAUUCUUGGACGUGAUCGAGACUUCGAGGUGGACAUCCGCUCCAAAGUGUAUGACGUGUUGAAGCGGCUCUCGCUGGAUCCGGAAAGGCUGAUCAUCAGCAAAAACAAACAAUGCCCAGAGGCGCUUUAAAAUGCUGCCUUCCGGGCUCAUCCCCCAUCUAUGUAUAUAUUUAAGUUCAUUCGGUUAAGGAACAAAUUCCAUUUGAUGCCUAAUCUUUAGGCUGCUGUGAUAUCGAGGAGUGUGAAUCGGCGGAAAGGCGAAAAUACGCAAAUACAGAAACAAAUAAGAGUA